CAGGGGAGCCAUGGCCAAAACAAGAACGAAGCACAGUUAUGCUCUUUCGUAGCUAAGACUGAGAAAGAGGAGCUUGAAGAACUCUGUAAUGGCGUCUCUAACUCUUUCCCUCUGCGCAACUUUCGCCACUCAUUGCCGAAUCUCCAGCAAGCAGAAUCUACCUUCAUCAACCCCAAUUUUCCCCUCCAAUUCCCACCACGAUUCGUUCAAUCUCGCCCUUUCUUGUUCAUCAUCUUCCCAUCCUUCUUCCCGUGCACCAUUGCCCUUCGUCCUCAGGUCUUCGGAGUCUGAAGCCGCGGUUAUCGAGUCUGAGCCAGCCGCUUCCCAAAUCGUUGAAGUCCCCCCGGAACAGGCCCCUAAGCGCGAGGAAAUCUUUGCAGUAGUUAUGAUUGGAUCCCGUCAAUAUAUAGUCUUUCCAGGGCGUUAUAUACAUACCCAGAGGCUGAAAGGGGCUAACGUCAAUGAUAAGAUAACUCUGAAUAAGGUUUUGCUUGUGGGAACAAAAACUCACACUUACAUUGGAAAGCCAGUGGUGACAAAUGCUGCUGUUCAUGCUAUAGUGGAGGAACAGGGAUUAGAUGACAAAGUAAUUGUCUUCAAGUACAAGAAAAAGAAAAACUACCGAAGAAACAUCGGUCAUCGUCAGCCGAAUACGCGAAUAAGGAUAACGGAAAUCUCUGGAUAUCAAGACUAUCCAGCAGCCACACUUGAGUCGUAGAAACAAAUUCUGAUGAAAUGAUCAGUGGCAUUGAAGAUCUUGUCCUUAUUUCUUGCCAAAAAAUUCCCCCUUUUUUUGUAUGUAAGUUCUUGUGAAUCAAAAUGUUUCAAUUGAGUUAUUUCUCUCUGAUAAUGAAUCUCAGAAAGUCACUAGUUUCAAAAUAUGGUUUCUAGUGAUCCAACCCUCAAAUUCAGUUACAUUUAUUAUUGGGAUGGAGUCUCAGAAAUUUACCAAUUCAUAGCACCAACAUAUUGAAGGGUA